AUGGAGAAGGCCAAUGGAACCCUGGUCGAGGAGUUUAUCCUUCUGGGCCUGUCCAUCCCCGCUGAGCAGCAGCACCCCCUGUCAGUGCUGUUCCUGUGCAUGUACCUGGUCACCGUGUCGGGGAAUACACUCAUCAUUCUGGCUAUCACUUUCGACCCCCACCUGCACUCGCCCAUGUACUUCUUUCUCAGCAACCUGGCCUUUGUGGACAUCUGCUUCUGCUCCACCACCAUCCCGCAGAUGGUGGUCCAAACCCUGACGGGCUCUAGGGCCAUCUCCUAUGCCCGCUGCCUCACCCAGCUCUUCUUUUUCAGUUCCUUUGUGAACAUGGACAGCCUGCUGCUCUGUGUCAUGGCCUACGACAGGUAUGUGGCCAUCUGCCACCCUCUGCAUUACGGCAGCAUCAUGACGCUACGGCUGUGCCUCCAGCUGGUGGUGGGGCUCUGGCUGCUCACCUGCCUCCAUGCCCUCCUCCACACGGCCCUCGUGGCCCGCUUGUCCUUCUGCGCCUCCAAUGUCAUCCACCAUUAUUUUUGUGACUUCAACCCACUUCUGGAGCUCUCCUGCUCUGACAUCUCCAUCAACGUUCUGGUCAUCUUCGUAGUGGGAGGCCUCAUGGCCUUCACCCCCUUUGUCUGCAUCCUCGUCUCCUAUGGGUUCAUCUCCGCAGCCAUCCUGAGGGUCUCCUCUCCACAGGGCAAGCAAAAAGCGUUCUCCACCUGUGGCUCCCACCUGGCUGUGGUGGUGCUGUUCUAUGGCACAGCCAUCGUUGUCUACUUCACCCCCUCUUCCUCACACAACCCAGAGAGGGACACCCUGUCAGCUGUCAUGUACAACAUGGUGACUCCGCUGCUGAACCCCUUCAUCUACAGCCUGCGGAAUCGGGACAUGCAGCGAGCACUCCGCAGCCUGCUGUGCCGGGACUGUGCCCUUGGCAGCCAGCUGGGGCCCAGGGAGGGGUGA